AUGGCCAAAAAUGAUGCAUGGCAUUUUUCACCCCGCCAACAGCUCCAGCUCAUCUUAUGUAUCAUCAGAGCAGCAUUAAACCCGCCUUCAUCCUUCAGCCUCCAAUCAAAGACAGCUGAAGCUCCGCGCGCACUUUCAUGAAUGAAUGAGAGCAGCUUCAGAGCAGCGAUCCUCCCGGGACAGUCGCGUCCACGCGCUCCUGCACGGAUAUUACAACCUCUGUUUUCUACUGUCCGCGUCAAGCAUGGAAAUACGAGUCUCUCUGUGACACAAUGAAACUCCGCACAGCGUAUUCACUCAAGGAAUGAGAACCGGGACGCGCGAUGUCUUCGGCACCGCUGUGGGACGCGCGCGCUGUCAUUCGCCCGUGUGGCUUCCAGCUGGUCAAAGUGAAACGAAUAAAGUCCUGAAGAGAAUGGCCGUCCACAGAGCGUCCUCAAAGGGAUGGCAACUUUUACCAGCGCGCCCCUGGACCUGCGGAGACUCUUGCAAAAACUAGCCGUCAUGUUUUCCUUCAGCAUCGUAUGCGUCUCGAUCCUCUACCUUCUGCUGGGACGCUGCGAGUCGGACUCGGCGGACAGGUCACUGAACUCACCGAUGGGAUGGUAUAAUAAUAAGACCGUGCUAACUGCGCCUGACUCUCUGGGAGAAGAUAGCGUGGAUGCCAACAGCUCAGGGAAAGACUGGACCGCGACCCGGCGACUCCCGCACGCGCUUAUCAUCGGAGUAAAGAAGGGAGGCACGCGCGCGCUCUUGGAGUUUCUGCGGCUUCAUCCGGACAUCCGCGCUCUCGGGUCAGAACCGCAUUUCUUUGACAGGCACUACGCGCGUGGACUCAGCUGGUACAGGAGCAUGAUGCCCAAAGCCCUUAACGGGCAAAUCGUGAUGGAGAAGACGCCCAGAUACUUCGUCACCCCAGAGACGCCGAGCCGCAUCCACGCCAUGUCGCGGGACAUCAAGCUGAUCGUGGUGGUGCGAGACCCCAUCACCCGCGCCAUUUCAGACUACACCCAGAUCAUCUCAAAGACCCCUGACAUUCCCAGCUUCGAGAGCCUGACGUUCAAGAACCGAUCGGCGGGACAGAUCGACUCGCUCUGGAGCCCGCUGUACAUCGGCCUGUACGCCAGGCACCUGGAGCGAUGGCUGGCCUACUUCCCGCUCUCGCAGAUCCAUUUUGUCCAUGGAGAGAGACUGAUCAGCGACCCGGCGGGUGAGUUGGGUCGCGUGCAGGACUUCCUCGGCCUGCAGAGGAUCAUCACAGAUAAACACUUCUACUUCAACAAGACUAAGGGCUUCCCUUGCCUCAAAAAGCCAGAAGGCAGUAGCAAACCCCACUGUCUGGGCAAAACCAAAGGCAGAACGCAUCCUAAAAUCGACCCAGAGGUCAUUCAGAAACUGAGGGAAUUCUACCAGCCACACAACCUGAAGUUCUACCAAAUGGCAGGCAUGAACUUCGGAUGGCAAUGAACUUUCGCGGACAUCUGUGUGCCUAUUUGGUCAAUGUUGGCAGGCGAAUCGUGAUCGAAGCGAAACACGAUAUCUUAGGUUUGUCGAUGGCUCCAUAGCUGUUCAAAUCAAUGCGUCUGCCAGAUCCAGUAAACAGAGACCUGAGCACUUCGGGUCAGAAUAGUCUUUCAUACCGUCCGUCGGUGUGGCUCAGUUUGAGAGAACUGAUAGCAAUGACCUUAAAUCAUUGGUUGAAGUAGCACUUUUCUGCUCUUGCCAUUUUGAUGUCUUUUUUAUGUUGCCGAGUCAAACAACAGCUUCAAUCAUGUUUGAUCGAUCAUCCAUAUCAAAAAGAGUUAACUGUGUAGCAUUAGACAUGAUUUGUCAUUGUUGGAGUAUUUACACUGAACAGAUUGUAGCACAUCUGUGUAAAGGCUGGUCUACAAUCACAUUCUGUAUCCGAUGGAUCAGAUAAUUGGUUCAAAUGUAGACAAUAUGCAGAUGAGGCCAGUCCUUUUGAAUUUUCCCUCUGCAUGCAUGAUUUUGCACUAGUCUGAAAUGCAGCCCACUAGAAAUCAAAUAAACUGUUUUGAGUUCC